CCGGCCAAUUGCAUCAACCAAACUCACCCACAAUAUGGCCGUCAGAAUCGCCCUCCCGCGCAACACGACCUCGUCGUUCCGCCGCUUCGUCCGCGUCGCCGGCCGCUUCUACUCGACCGAGGCCCCCGCCGGCCCCAUCAUCCGGGUGACCAACCUUCCGGCGCCCAACUCGGGUCACAUCCGCAUUCUCGAGCUCAACCGCCCUGCCGCGCGCAACGCCAUCUCGCGUGCUCUGUUGUCUUCGCUCCGCGACGAGAUUGACGAUGUCCACUCGCAGUACGAUGCCGCGACCGGCGAGGAGAAGCCCGUGGCUUCGUGGCAGAAGCGCUUCGGCGGCGUGGCUGGCGAGGAUGAAAAGGGCCCUACCCGCGCGCUGAUUAUUUCUUCGGCUGUUGACACCAGCUUUUGCGCGGGGGCGGAUUUGAAGGAGCGCAAGGGGUUUUCGCAGGAGGAAACAGCGGCCUUCCUCACCUCCCUCCGCACUGCCCUCACCUCUUUGCAAAACCUCCCCAUCCCCACCAUCUCCGCCAUCUCCUCCAUCGCUCUCGGCGGCGGUCUCGAGCUCGCCCUGGCCACGCACUUCCGCGUCCUGACCUCCAAUGCCGUUGUUGGCCUUCCCGAAACCCGACUAGGCAUCAUCCCCGGUGCCGGCGGCACCUACCGUCUGCCCCAACUCAUCGGCAUCCCCCGCGCGCGCGACCUGAUCUUGACCGGCCGCCGCGUCAGCGCCCCUGAGGCUUAUUUCCUAGGCUUGGCCGACCGCUUGGUCGAGGUCGCGCCCGAGUCCGAGGAGCAGGCCAAGGAGUGGGCGGCCAUGGAGCAGGAGCCGAGGGACAAGAUGGUGCUGAGCCUGGCGCGCAGGACGGCGCUGAGCGAGGCGGUCCGUCUGGCGAUGGAGAUUUGCGAGGGCGGCCCGGUCGCCAUCAGGGCCGCGCUCAAGGCCGUGCAAGAGCCCAGUGAGAUGGUGGAGAACGAUAUGUAUCUGAGGGUGGUGAGGACGGAGGACCGCGAUGAGGCAUUGAAGGCGUUUGCGGAGAAGAGGAAGCCUGUCUUCAAGGGGCGGUAAAUGCGUUGUUGUAGAGUGAUGUGCAAUUUUGAAAAUACCAUUACCAGUUUGAAGUCAA